CAUGGUUCGUGUAGUCGGCAACUGGAAUUGCCGUUGUCAAACCUAGCAACCCAUGGUAUGACGGAUCUUCGGGCGCCAGCAAUGGUUUUUGGCAUUGGCCCAGGACUGCACGAUGAAACAUCACCAAGUUCGCAGGCACCAGUAGCAACGCCUACCAGGACCUCAGUGUGCUCGAGUUUGUCAACACCUUUCAGCCAGUGCAGCGCCAGGAUUCCCAGUGCUGGCCCAUCGCCUUGUGCCGAAGAUAACGGGGCAAAAAAUCCUAUCCGGCCUUCAACUGAAUUGAUAAACACCUUCCUCCAGGAGUUGGAGCACUGGCGUGCAUCCACCAUGGUCCAAGAGGCUUUGAUGCCAAACAAGUUGACGGUUGGAUGCCUCGACCGUGCCUUUGCUGAGUUUCAGUCUGCGUCGGGCCAGGCGGAGAACCAACCAGGAGCUUGAGCUGCAAGUGGUGCCCCAGCAAGUGGGCUGUGCAAAUGUGAAAGCGAUGCUGCCACUCAUGGGCAUUGGACAAGGCUCAACAGAGCAGCCCGUCGCCUUGGGAGCGGGCCUUGAAAAGCAAAUGAACUUUAUCUCUCCACCGGUGCAUUUUGGCACCCGCAGAUGGACCUGUGCCCUGAGACACUUGCUUGGAACUGUCAAGGAAACUGGUGCAAUAAAUUCUCUUACAUACAUUUUCCGUUUCCUAGAAUUUUUGCAUCAGCAAUGAUGAAGACACAUAGUGCCUAUCAUAGUGCAUUUAUCCCGAGGUUUGGUCCUUUUCUAAAAAAUCCUGGGCACCGGUAGCCACAGCAAUAGAGUGGUUUCUUAGAAAUGCUGACAUGCGACGCACGCGGGUAUCCAGUAGGCCUUUACUGCAUGUGUUUUUGGUGGCUUUUGGCUCGUAUGUAGAUUUGCCCUGCCGGUUCCACUUGCCCAUGGCCAUUGGCACGCCUGAGGCGGAAGAUGUGGUGGAACUGGUCGAAGAGGUGACAAGCUUUAGCUUUGAGAUACCCGAGGGGGUGAAAGCAGGAGUGAAAUUGAAGGUGGUGGCACCGGACCAAGUCACACUUCACAUUCCUUUGCCGCACAAUGUUGUGACUGGUGACAGGAUGGUCAUGGUAAAAUCUCUCGACGGCAAGUGGGGCAUCAAGCAUGUUGUUCGUGGUGAACUAGGUGGUUCACCUAUGUUCAGUACUCCUUGGAAGACUGAAGAAGAAAUAGCCAAAGACCUCAGCCAACCACACGUGUGCAGCGUGGAGCUAGCAACCACCAAGGGCACAAUCAAGCUCAGGGUUGUUCCGAGUUGGGCGCCAAAGGGUGCACAACGCUUCCUACAGCUUGUGAGUGACAAGUACUAUACGGACCUUCCCAUUUAUCGAGCAGUGCCAGAUUUCUUGAUACAGUUCGGUGUCACUACUGACGAUCGAUAUGGGAGAUAUGAGGCCAUGGAAGAUGAUGAACUCAAGGGAAUUCCCUUCUUAGAAGGUAUGGUGUGCUUCGCAGCGUCCAGCCAGAAUAGCCGACUAGCAGCGAUUUGUGUCUUCUUGACCGACCUACCGCAGCUGGGGAAGAGGAGCUGGGAGACACCAUUCGCUCGAGUUUCAGAAGAAUCUUUCCCUGUGCUGCGGAGCAUUUACACCGGCUAUGGUGAGAUGCCACAAUGUGGCGGGAGUGGUCCUGACCCAAUUCAAUUGCAGGAUAGAGGGAAUCCUUACAUCAAGGAGAAAUUCCCGCAAUGUGACUACGUCGAGUCUGCUGAAUGGGUGCAGUGAGGAGCCGGCCUUUAGCCUCUAGGUUGCGCAAGCAAGUUAGUCUUAGCCAAGCACCUCUUGCA